ACGACUAUAUACAUUCAGAAUCAACCUUGUAACCACAAAGCUAGAGUUUCCUCCUCGUGUUGGUGAUGGCAUCAAGCACCGGGGAGGAAGCUCCUGCCUCACCCGUUUUGGGAAAUGCUCCUCCAUUGGUGACCACGGAAGCCAAGAUGAUUGUGGCCAUCGGCCAUGACCAUUGCCAGCAGUUGAAGGAUGUGUUGAGCAAGGAGGAUUCUUCCACCAUGGUAGUGGUGAUGGCCUCAAGCAACCAGACUCCCACGCCGCCCAAGCCUCACUUGCCGGUCAUGGAUUCCAGGCUGCUAGCAGUAGCUUGCUCUGGUUCAUGGAAGAAGCUGCAAUCAUUUCUCAGUGGGGAAGGCCGUCAAACCUCCGGCGACGGGGCUAUCCGAAGCUCUGCUAUGCAGCCAGCUUUUGGUGACGAAGAAGCACUUCUCAGGGAGUCUUUCCUGGAUGCGGUCACCAUGGACGGUGACACUUUUCUCCAUGUGAUGGCCACCAACAGUGAUGGCGACAACUUGGAGGAAGAUGGCCCCAUACGCAGGAAGGCAGUAAGCCUCCUCUUCAUGCAAAACAGCCAGGGAGAUACGCCCCUGCACUAUGCUGCACGGGCGGCGAAAAUCAAUAUGGUAUCUUUUCUCAUUGAUCUUGAUGGAGGCAAGGAUCAAAAUGCUGACAGAGUGAAGGCGCUGCUAGAAAUGGAAAACAAGAGUAAAUGGACAGUCUUGCAUGAGGCGGUCCGCAGUGGGAAAAAUGAUAUAGUCGAAUUGCUCAUGAAGGAGGAUCCAGAAUUGGCAAGUCUUCCAAAAGCUGGUACUUCUCCGCUGUACCUAGCCAUCUUACUGGAAAACAGAAUCAUCGCCGAAACACUCUACAAGUUGAGCCGCGGGAAAAGCGGCAGUAACGACGAGAACCUUUCAUACUCUGGACCAAGUGGACAAAAUGCAUUGCAUGCUGCUGUUCUCCGAGGCAAAGGUAUUUUAUCAGUGGGACUUGUUUAA